CGAGCAGCGGUUGCAGCAGCUGGGGGCGGCACGUCGGGGGACCCGGAGCGGGCUUACAGCGGCUUACAUCCUGCGGGUGCAGUGGGUGCUGUCUUCACGAACGCAGCGGCCCCGUCGGAGUUCCCAGCUGCAGCGCCGCCGCCAACAUCAACAGCGGUAACAAUCAGGCCGGAACAAACAGCAGCAGCAGCAGCCCCGAUCGGCUGCAGUAGCACAGCACAUGCGGGGCGUGCGGGUUGUGUUACCGGUACCGGGCCCAGAGCAGCCAACGAGCAGCCACAACCGCACCACAACGAAGACAGCGCUCCUCCUGCUAACGGUCCUCCUCCUUCAUCAGUGGCGGCUCGCCCGCCCCGCGCCGUCACCCUGCCAUCUACCAUGGCAUCCUGGCAGAACCCUGCACCUACCCAACCUCUCCGUCCAGCGGAUGCCUCCGGCCCACCCCCACCCCCACCCCCGCCACCGCCACCGCCUCCACCCCCGCCCCCGCCUCCACCUCAGCCCUCCCAUGGCAUCGCACUGCCGCUGCGGGUGCUGGAACAGCGGCUGAGCAACCUGCUGCAGUCCCUGGGGGUGGCAGCGUGCCUGUUCGCCACACCCGCCAUUCGGCAGAUCCCGCAGGCAGUCCUGUGGGGCUACUUUGCAUUCAUGGCCAUCGAGUCGUUCCAGGGCUCCCAACUAGUCGACCGGCUGCUGCUGCUGCUCACCGACC